AUGUCGACAUACCGCCAUCCCGAGCUGGUCUUGCCAGAUACCCAACCAAGGCUCACGCCUCGCAACCAACUCCUUGCUGAGAACAUGCUGAAGACGACAAGAUUAUAUGUGAGGCGUCGUAUCCAACUGUCGAUGCAACAAUCAAGCAAGAAGUCCAUAUCCUACUGGCUUGAUCAGAAACAGCCUCGCUCGAAGGCCGGGAACCCUGCCUGCAAUCGGCUCUUUGCUGUACAAGAACUUGCUGAUGCCAUAUUCGCUCAUCUCGAUGAUUUCCAUGACAUUGCAUGUUGCUUGGCCGUCAACCGCGCUAUGCGACAUGCUGUACAGCAAUCAACUGCACAUGCGAGGAUGGCUCUGCCUUUCAAAGAGUGCGAAGACCCACAUCUGCUCUAUAUGGAGAAACAACUCGAUCUUGCUACCGCAACACCACAUUGGCAAAGACACUCGCAAAGAUUCUUCAUGAAUUCUGGCAACAUUAUCUUCCCAAGGAAUGCUCCAACGCCAAUGCUGGUUUCGAUCUAUGAUGUUGUCAAUACUAUAGGCGAACUUCGCAGAGGUCGUGUUGCUGUAGAUAUGUGGUUCUCGGCUACUGGACAUACCCCCAAGGACUUUACGCUUGAUGGUAGCUGGCUCGACUUGUCAUUGCCGCUGCCAGAUACUGUUGUCUGGAUGGUCAACAUAGCUUGCGAUUGUCACAGGACUGUCUCUUUUCUUAACCGUAUGGACUACAGCGAAGAAGUAGAUCCCCGCACCUACAAAGAUGGCACGCCAUUUGUCUUCCCAUACAAGCUUGUUACUGAGUAUGGCGACCACCUGAGGCAGAUCGCUCUCUAUGCGAAGAAAGCAUACCGCAUGCAUCGCCACUGUCGAAACGACUCUGGUGAUAUCCCAUCUGGACUGUCUUCAAUUACAUUUGAGGCACUGAAGCUUUCGAGCGAAGUCAUCGAGUUUGCGGAUUUCCAAGGAGGAACCACAAGAAAAGACUAG